CACGAUACUUGGCUUUUCAAAAGCUUAUAUCAACACGAUGUUGUAAGGGUCUUAUAGUGGCCCCGUUAGUUUCUCAUUGAAAUUCCAUGACAUAAUAAACGUUGUUAAUAAGAACAAACGUCUCGAUUCUUAGCACUUUCAAACCCUGCACAGUGAUGGGAGGAAAAGUUUUAAUUUUCAUUGUCGCUGCCGUUGUAGUGCCCACAGCUGUAUUCUCGAAGGAAACUUGUGGAGAAAAAUCGCCACGUAAAUGGAAGAGAGUUCGCAGAAUGCUGUGGGGCGACCGCGUCUCCCCAUUUUUCGCAGGAAACAAGCGUCCCACGGGCCUUUCGAGGAUCGCUACUAGUGGAAGGGAAAUACAACAGAAGCUACCUAGCGAUCCUGCUAAAAAGCCUCCUUAUUUUGUGUCGUGUUUUGAUCUGGAUGAAAACACCGCUUUCUAUUCAGCGUACAAAGUUACUCCUGAGCAAGCCAAAGACCUUGGAAAGUUUAGCCUGAACGACGUCAAAGUUUACGGCUGGAGGAAUACAGAUGUCCGUGGCCUGGACGACGCCUACUCUGCUGCAAUUACGGACACGAGUGGAAGUCCGCUAAGCCGAGGCCACAUGAACCCCGUGACGCUGAAUACGUUCGACAAAAGUUUCAUGAACGCUACAUUCACUCUUUCCAACGCAGUACCACAGUUUGAGACAUCUAAAAACGGCCCCUGGCGCGCAUUUGAGACGCGAAUACGUAAUUACGCUAAGAAUACGUGUGGUCCUCGAGGUGGAACCCUGUAUCUUCUGACAGGAAAAUCUGACUACGGACUGCGCUUUCAAGCCGGCAGUCCCGUGCAGGACGUUACCACAGCUUUGCCUUAUCCCAAGGAAAAUUUUCCUAAAAAUGUAAAACUUGUCACUCCUCGUGCUGUGUGGACAGCAGCCUGCUGUAUCUGGGCAGAACCCGACAAGUUUUUAGGAAAAUUGUGGGCAGCGAAGAAAGCGGAGUCCUUUGCGGUCAUGAGCAACAACAUGGAUGACAGUGCCUUGUUGCAUCAGACGGAGAUGAGUGUGUCUCAGCUAGAGAAACUCCUUAGACCACCACUCUUGAAGGAGGUAAAUUUGUUUCCAGGGAAUGAAAAAUGUCGACGCGCUGAGAAUGAUAUAACACUAGAGACCUUUAGAUUUGACUACGAAUACCAGAUUGAGUACGAUUUUCGAAUUUCAAACCAGUGACAUUUCCAGAGUCCUCGCUGUCCAUGUUGGUUUUAGGUAGAGAGGGUAGCUCAUGGGAUGAGAUGGAUAUGUGAUUUGAUGAUGUGAAACCUGCAAACUAGAAUUAUGAAGUCGUUCUCGCACUCGAUCUCGUACUUUUCUCAAAUCUUAAGUCCCCUGCUGCCUUUAUCAGUUUGGACCAGUUUGGGAGCAUUUGGUUUGCCAACCUUGAAGAACCCGUUUUAAAAAGAGCACGUGAGAUGAUAUAUACUUGAAGGACAUAAAAGAACGGUUCCUCAAGGAAUCAGUGCACACUUUCCAUAUUUACUAGAAUAUUUAGCCCUGUUUAUAUCGUCAUCAGGCAUGUUCCCAGGAAUGGCGUAACCCAUAAUUCCUAUUAUAUAAUGUACUCAUCCCAUAAGAUUCUUAAAAGCAGUUUUUUUCGAAACACAUUUUAGAAUAAAAACUAGAGAUAACACCGACGUUUCGAUCGCCCUGAGAUCAUUUCCAAGUUGUAGAAAAAGCGAAUACAUAUA